AUGAUGAGAAUCAAAGAUGCAUUGAUCAAUACUGGAGGAAACACAUCAAAUAUAAAUAAAAUGAUUGAAGAUGUUAAUAUUGCUCUUCAAGCAAUAUCCAUUGAAUUAACAAUUCAACAACCUGCAAUAAAUGAGCCACACUUUGUUUCACAACAAAUCUGUGAACAAAAUCCAAACAUCAUGAUAAACACUUACAACGAUAAUGGUAUCAAUGAUGAGCACAACGAUUCAUCUUAUCCAGAUAGAACAGCACAACCCAACACUGCUACGCCCCCUAUGAUAGACACAACACAAACACCAAUAGGUGUUGUUGAUCAAACACCAUUUGAUCUUGAAACAAACUUAGAUAAGAAACAGACCACUUUUGGUGAUAUCAUGGGUCAUUAUGACCUUGUUUAUGGAAACGAUCCAAUUGAUGGCAGCCUGGAAACUGAGCACAGUGGAGGCGAAGAUGAAGCUCAUGAAAAUGAAGAAUAUGAAGGAAGUGAAUGCAAUGAAUGUAACGAAAUAGAAGACACACGAGUCCAUGAAAUAAUGAGUCAAGCAUCCGGGAUAUGGCAACAGUUGUCUUCUUCGCUUAUUAAGUCACACGCAUCAAAAAAACCUCCCGGAAAAUAUCGAGGUUGCAGAUGA